GCGAGCUGUGAACCUUGGUGACCUCCCAAGAGGCACCUCACCCCCUCAAGGCAGGGAUCACAUGUAUUAAAUUUCAAAAAAAAACUCUAUUAUUGGUGCCAACUGUGCUGAAUUUUCUUCAUCACGUAAACAAAGCACAUUCUGAAAGCAAAAUGUUCAUGUGAGGGCUAGGACUCGGCAAGUUUAGAAAUUUUCAAGCAAAAGACGCGAGAGAAGGCCAAAUUCUUUUGGCCUAUAUGAAGUUGAGGUGUCUGAAACGAGAGAUCUCAUUCUCAUCACUCAUCAGGCUGCCUCUGUCAAUGGGUCACCACUCAUCCAAGCCCCCCCAUCCUUGCAAGUUGUCGGUCCAGCCAGCCACAUAGAGACAUAUAAUCACAUAGAUAAGGCGAAUUCCACGGUCCCAUCCAAUUGCUUGCUUCAGACUUCAGAGGCUAGAGGCAAUAGUUCUCUCUCCCGGUCCCGGGGAAAGCCAUGGAGGAAGAGCAGAGCCCAAGGCUGGGCCGGGAUCCGGCGACCGAGCCCAGUCCUGCGCCGGAAUGGCCGGAUUCGGACAGCAAGAACGACGACAGUGCGAACGACCCGGAGGACCCUGCCGGCGGCAGCGGCAGCGGCAGCGGCAACGGCAUCAGCUCCUUGGAGCAGCCGCUGCUCAAGCGGAGCACCACCCUGACGGCCAGCCACCUGGCCAUCGUCGGCGCCAAGGUCUCCCACAUCGAGAGCCUCGACUACGAGAUCAUCGAGAACGACCUGUUCAAGCACGACUGGCGGAGCCGCUCCAACGUCGAGGUGCUUCAGUACAUCUUCCUCAAGUGGGCCAUGGCGUUCCUCGUCGGCCUCCUCACCGGCGUCAUCGCGUCCCUCAUCAACCUCGCCAUCGAGAACAUCUCCGGCCUCAAGAUGCUCCAGAUGGUCAACCUCGUCCGCGGGAAGCGCUACUGGGCGGGCUUCCUCUACUUCGCCGGCGUCAACUUCGCGCUCACCUUCGUCGCCGCGGUGCUCUGCGUCGUCUUCGCCCCCACCGCCGCUGGCCCUGGCAUCCCCGAGAUCAAGGCUUAUCUCAACGGCGUCGACACGCCCAACAUGUUCGGCGCGCCGCAGCUCAUCGUCAAGAUCAUCGGCAGCAUCGGCGCCGUGUCGUCGGGGAUGGAUCUCGGCAAGGAGGGCCCGCUGGUGCACAUCGGCGCGUGCCUGGCCAACCUGCUCAGCCAGGGCGGCGAGGGCCGGUGGCGCCUGCGCUGGCGGUGGCUGCGCUACUUCAACAACGACCGCGACCGCCGGGACCUGAUCACGUGCGGCGCGUCGUCCGGGGUGUGCGCGGCGUUCCGCGCGCCCGUCGGCGGCGUGCUGUUCGCGCUGGAGGAGGUGGCGACGUGGUGGCGCAGCGCGCUGCUUUGGCGCACCUUCUUCAGCACGGCCACCGUCGUGGUGGUGCUGCGCGGCUUCAUCGAGGUGUGCAGGGACGGGCGCUGCGGCAUGUUCGGCGAGGGCGGGCUCAUCCUCUUCGACGUCAGUGACGUCACCGUCCGCUACCACGUCGGCGACCUCCUCCCCGUCACGCUCGUCGGCGUCCUCGGCGGGGUCCUGGGGGCACUCUACAACCACGUCCUCCACCAGGUGCUCCGGCUGUACAACCUGAUCAACGCCAAGGGCCGGCUGGCGAAGCUGGCGCUCGCCCUCGCGGUGUCCGUGUUCACGUCGGCGGGGCUGUACCUCCUGCCGUUCGCUGUGCCGUGCACGCCGUGCGACCCGGCGUUCGGCGACGCGUGCCCGACGGUGGGCAAGUCCGGCAACUUCAAGCAGUUCAACUGCCCCACCGGCUACUACAACGACCUGGCGUCGCUGCUCCACGCCACCAACGUGGACGCCACGCGCAACAUCUUCUCCACGGGCACCGCCGGCGAAUUCAGGCUCGACUCGCUGCUCAUCUUCUUCGGCAUCUACUGCGUGCUGGGGCUCUUCACCUUCGGCAUCGCUGUGCCGUCGGGGCUCUUCCUGCCCAUCAUCCUCAUGGGCUCCGCCUACGGCCGCAUCCUGGCGCUCGUGCUCGCGCGCUUCGUGAGGAUCGACCACGGCCUCUACGCCGUGCUCGGCGCCGCCGCGCUCAUGUCGGGCUCCAUGAGGAUGACCGUCUCGCUGUGCGUCAUCUUCCUCGAGCUCACCAACAACCUCCUCCUGCUCCCCAUCACCAUGUUCGUGCUGCUCAUCGCCAAGACGGUGGGCGACGCUUUCAACCCCAGCAUCUACGAGAUCAUCCUCGACCUCAAGGGCCUGCCGUUCCUUGAGCCCAAGCCGGAAACGUGGAUGAAGGACCUCGCAGUCGGCGAGCUCGCGGCCGCCAAGCCGCGGGUCGUCACGCUGCAGGUGAUCGAGAAGGUGUCCACCGUCGUGGAGGUGCUGAGGUCCACGCCGCACAACGGGUUCCCCGUGCUGGACUGGCCGCGGCCAGGCGUAUCGGAGCUCCACGGGCUGGUGCUCCGGUCCCACCUGAUGGCCGUGCUCAAGAAGCGGUGGUUCCUGACGGACAAGAGGAGGACGGAGGAAUGGGAGGCCCGUGAGAGGUUCUCGUCGACGGAGCUCGCGGAGAAGUCCGGGAGUAUCGACGAGGUGGCGGUGCAGCUGACGCCGGAGGAGCUGGACAUGUACAUUGACCUCCACCCGUUCACCAACACCACGCCGUACACCGUCGUGGAGACCAUGUCGGUGGCCAAGGCCGUGGUGCUCUUCCGCACCUGCGCGCUCCGGCACAUGCUUAUCAUCCCAAAGUUCCAAGGGCCUGAGAUAGCUCCAAUCGUGGGGAUCCUAACGAGGCAGGACCUGAGGGCACACAACAUCCUUGGUGCAUUCCCUCAUUUGGCAAACAAAAGGAAAGUACACUAAGCUCUGUCGCGCCAUUUUUGGUAAAUUUAAUGUUCUCUGCAUCCAAAGAAAAAGGUCCAGCUGUUUUGUUUCCCCAUGUUCUAUUUUUCUCUGUAAGUAGAUUGAGGAUUUAAUUUCUUGUCUCAUGAGAUUGUGUGAAUAAUAGCUUCCCAUGUAAAAUCACAUCUUCACCUUCACUUUUCUGCUCGCACUUCGAUCCUUGUAAUCAAAAGGGGCAAACAAAACAACUACGAAAUAUACAUUUUUUGGGAGAUGUUUCGAAUUGCUA